GAGUCAAACGUAUACGUUUGUACAUUGACCCCUCAUCACUGUCUCUCUCUUAUUGUUUCUUCUUAUAUUCGUUUGUCGUGGCGUGUCUGUUCUUGAACCCCCAUCGCCAAUAACUGAAACCAAAGCAUUAUGAGCUGUUUUUUACAAUGACGAAAGUACCCCCAAUCUAUUUUCGUUCUUCUUCUUUCUUUUUGGAUUAAAGACCCACCUGAAGUUUAAAUUCUCAUUUGUUUUCUUGCAAAACCCUGAACCAAAGUUUGCAUCUUUCUCUUCCAGUUCGUGUCUUUUUCUUUGGAGAAGUUUCUUUUUGAAGCAGGAAGCUUGAAGAUAAUGGGUAUGGGCACAAGCACUUUCGUUAUCAGAUGGGUCAAUCUUCUUACUAUGCUAUUGGCUGGGGCAGUGAUAAUAUUUGGGGUGUGGAUGAGUACACACAAUGAUGGAUGCAGAAGGUCUCUUACCUUUCCUGUCUUAGCCCUCGGUGGUUUCAUCUUCUUGAUAUCCAUAAUCGGGUUUCUUGGCGCGUGCAAGAGAAGUGUGGCGCUUCUUUGGAUUUAUCUUGUUGUGCUCCUGAUCGUCUUGGUAGCGAUUCUUGUCUUUACAGUCUUAGCGUUCAUUGUAACAAACAAUGGGUCUGGACAUACCAAUCCUGGUUUAAGGUACAAGGAGUAUAAGCUGAAUGAUUACAGCUCUUGGUUUCUAAAACAGCUUAACAACACCGAUAACUGGAAAAGACUCAAGAGCUGUCUUGUUAAAUCCGAGCAAUGCAGGAAGCUUUCAAAGAAAUACAAGACCAUCAAACAGUUGAAGUCUGCAGAGUUAACCCCAAUAGAAGCUGGAUGCUGUCGACCACCAUCUGAGUGUGGUUAUCCUGCGGUGAAUGGCUCUUACUAUGACCUGAGCUUUCAUUCAAUAAGUUCUAACAAAGAUUGUAAGCUUUACAAGAAUUUGAGGACAGUCAAGUGCUACAACUGUGAUUCUUGCAAAGCUGGAGUAGCUCAGUACAUGAAAACCGAGUGGAGACUUGUUGCGAUGUUCAACGUGGUUCUGUUCCUUGUCUUGUCAAUGGUGUACUUUGUGGGGUGCUGCGCGAGAAGGAAUGCUGCUAGUUACCGGUCCAAAGCUUAGAAACUGAAGCUUUGCUCAUUCUAUUGUUGGUGAAUGCUUUACAGGAGGAGACUGGCUAGAGAAGGCACAAGAACAACCACUUCUCUUCAUUCUUUAACUCUCUGUAAUCAAUGAACUGAGACAGAUGGAAUAUUAACAUGAAAAAAUUUGAUUGGAAUUUUACAAAAGUCUAGUCUUUAUUCAUCACUGUUUUUUUUUUUGAUCAACUAAAUUUCCAUAAAGCAGAGAAAGAGUCGUUCCUAGGCCCAGGCCCAAGAGGGUUCAUAUUACAUAGAGAAGCCUUUGCAACAGAGUCUGCAAACCCAUUAGACUCCCUUGGAGUAAAAGAAAAACAGCAGAAAGAAAAAGAGGACGAUAGAGCUUCAAUAUCCAGAAGAAUUCCGUGAAGAUUCUUUGGUUUACUAACCGAAGCGAUGGCUCUGAUGAGCCCCAGUGAAUCUGACCGGAGCCAGAUCUUUAUGACGCCAAGAUGAAUGGCGUGUGUUAGUGCUGCUCGAACCGCUAGAGCUUCCGCUGCGAUAGCUGAUUGAACAUGGGUUUGAAAUUGCGAUCCUUGAAAUGUUGAGGUUUCGUGAGUUGAGAAGAUCCAUCCGAGGCCUGCUUCCCUGGAGCUCGGGUUCCAAGCCGCAUCCGUUUUGCAAAGGGUCGUCUCCUCAGGCAUGGCUGGUAGUAGAGGAGGUGGUUUCGUGUUGUCCAUAGCGACCAUAUAACCCAGUAGAAAAUGUUUCCGGAGCAUCCUGUCGGAGUAUGUAUAAAGAGGUCGCACGACUGUCGUCCGGAAGCUGUUGUGUAGAAUGUGGAGCAGACCGCCGAAGACCUCCUUCUUCGCUGGGGUGCUACAACUUCGAAGUUCUCUCGCGGUUUUCCAUUGACUACAUAAUUCACAAAUGUGUCGGCGAGAUUACAAGCGCUGGCCGCGACCGCCACGGUCGGGGAGAACCUGUUUGUUGCCGUUCAGCAAGUACUACUCUAAAAGAACAUCUGAAAAGCUUAGUGAUGCCUACAGCUGAGAAUGAGAACAAUGCGCUUGAUCCAAAGAAUUCACAGAAUAUUGAAGGAGAGACUCCUCUUUAUGCUGCAGCAGAAAAUGGGCAUUCAUAAGUUAUUCCAGAGAUGUUGAAGCAUAUGGACCUUGAAACCGCAUCAAUUGCAGCUAAGAACGACACAUUGAAGAUCUCUUUGACGUUUUCGGUUCUGGCCACGAAAACAGAUUUUUUUGUGUGUGCAAUGCAUUGCAUAAAAAGGCUAUCCAAGCAUGUGAGGGUAAUUCUCAUUUUCCUAAGAUGGCUAAAAACAAUGGUAAAUCGCCUCUUUGUUCUUCAGCGCGGAUGGGGCACGUCGAAGUUGUCAACUCCAGCCCAAGGCGUUCCUGAUCCAGGACAACUCGCGUUCCCGGAAAGCAAGCGUCCCGUUCGUACCAGACGAUCAAGCCAUUCGCGAUCCGACAGCAAACAGCUCGCGUCCCCGAUCAGCCGCUCGCGACCUCAGCCUCAAUCCGUUCGCAGUCAGCUCGCGUCCAGGCCAGCUCGCGUCCAGUCCAGCUCGAGGUUCAUUCUUUGGUGGUCCGGUUUCAACAAUCAACUAAGCUAAAAGCUCACGUCCCCGAUCAGCUCCAGCCCAAGGCGUUUCUGAUCCAUGACAGCUCGCGUUCCCGGACAGCAAGCGUCGCGUUCGCACCAGACGAUCAAGCCCUUCGCGAUCCGACAGUAAACAGCUCGCGUCCCCGAUCAGCCGCUCGCGUCCCCGAUCAGCCGCUCGCGACCUCAGCCUCAAUCCGUUCGCAGUCAGCUCGCAUCCAGGCCAGCUCGCGUCCAGUCCAGCUCGAGGUUCAUUCUUUGGUGGUCCGGUUUCAACAAUCAACUAAGCUAAAAGAUGGGCUCUGUCAAAUCAAACCAAAUUUCGCACAGUCGCUUAAAAACCUUUGUUGUCUACAUAGUACAGGGGGAAAUGGAUGCUGCUGCCAGCAUGAUCGAGAAGGCAAUCCAGGCAAAUCCACUUAAGCAGAAGCUUUUAACAACUUAGGUUUGAUUUUUCAUUUUCCUGUUAUUUACGAGGUAUCCUGACAUGAGACCACUGCUCGGGAAUUAUAGUCCUCCAUGACCAUGAGUUUUAGAUUGUUUUUCUACUUUCCUGGUGCUAAGUGCCGUUUAGAUUCUGUUAUAACCACCAUCGGAUAUAUAUCUUCCCAGAUUUUUUCACUCAUUCAGUAUCUUAUUUCAUUGAAGUGCUUCUCAGGCAUCAUGAUUACACAAAGUGCAAAGUUGUGGUUUAUUCAGCGGUGGUUAAGGCAUAUGCAAAAACAUUUAGGUUUAGGGAUAAAGUGUUGAAGAAAGUUUGGACACAUUCCCUUAUGAUGAAACAACCACUACCUGUGAAUCUCUCUCUAUACAUGGGAGUUCCAUGUAUUACUAUGGCUGGUUCAGUACAUGCUCAUAAUGUUGGUGUCAGUCUUCUCAGUAAACGUUGGUUUAGGACACCUGGUUGCUUAAAAUGAGGAUGAGAAUGUGCAGUUAUCUGUUGAUCUAGCUUCUGAUGUGACCGCUCUUUCAAAACUGAGAUAAGUCUUGGUCCGUCCUUUACUGCAAAGGUGAAAAGUACCGUCCUUAAAGAAAACUCAAUGCCUUUGCAGAUUGUGGACUCAUAUAGUCAUACGGGUGAAGAUCUGAAAGAGAGUGGAAGUGGAUUUGGUAACUCCAAAUCAACAACACAAAAGACACCGAUGCUUCGUUUCCUACGCCAGCCAAGAAAGAUGCAGAGAGCGAUGCUUCACUUUUGAAAAAGAGCUCUGAGGUCGCUGAGGAUAACAAGAAAAAUGUCUAAUAGAGAAGGCUGAUAUGGGAGACAAUUUUGGUUGCAGCCAAAAUUAAGAGAAGCCUGGUGGAGCUAAAUCUAAAAAGGAGAAAAAGGUGCUUCAUCUUCAUCGAAGCGGUUCCACUAAUGCUUCAUUGAGCUCAAUGAAACCGAAAGAAAGAAAAGGUAGAGUUCAGCAACCAGCUAGUUCAGGUACUAAUCUUUUGAAGUCAAGGCUUCAAAAUGAUCGCAGUGAAUCCGUGAAAGGCGCUGCCAUGAGCAAGAAACAAUAUGUGAAGAAGAUAAGCUCUAAACCUCUCACAGUGGAGAAGAGGAAGACGAACUUCUUCGAAGAUGCAGAGAAAUGUAAUUAGUCAGAGGAUUAAUAUAAAAAGACGUCUGAUAUCUCCGCCAAAACACCAUCGGAUUAUUCAUCAGAGGAUGAUAGUGAUGUGACUUUUAUGUCUAGGAAGCAAGGUUUGAAGGGAGCCUACAAGAUUUGCUGAGAAGAUCAAGCAGUUACAAGAAGGCUUUAAUUAGAGCCCAGUCACAAACCGAUUUAGAUGAUGACUCUCCGGUAGAUUGCGUCCCAGAUAUCCAAGGCGUCUAAGAUUUUACCUAUUAUCAAAACCUGGAAAUGAUGUUUAAAUCCUUUAAAAUCACGGUUUUGCUUCUUUCUGACGUUUUAUGUUGAUCAGGAGAGUGCUUCAUAAGAGUUUUGCAACAACUAAAUGUUAUUAAAUCAUAACAUCAAUUUUUUUUUUAAUUUCAA